GGUGCGCUUGGCAAUAGCCGAAAAAGCCCUGAAGUGCGAAGAGCACGAUGUCAACCUGCCACUGAGCGAACACAAUGAGCCAUGGUUCAUGCGCUUAAAUUCUUCUGGAGAGGUGCCUGUCCUGAUCCACGGGGAAAACAUCAUCUGUGAGGCAACGCAGAUUAUCGAUUACCUCGAAGCAACAUUUGUAGAUGAGGGAGUGCCAAGAUUAAUGCCUGAAGAAGGGAGCAUGUAUUAUCCAAGAGUGCAGCACUACAGAGAGCUUUUAGACUCCUUGCCUAUGGAUGCCUACACGCAUGGCUGCAUCCUGCACCCCGAGUUAACGGUGGACUCCAUGAUUCCAGCCUAUGCUACCAGCAGAAUCCGUAGCCAAAUAAGUAACACAGAAUCAGAGCUGAAGAAGCUUGCAGAAGAAAAUCCAGACCUUCAAGAUGCCUAUAUUGCAAAGCAGAAGCGCCUUAAAUCUAAACUGCUGGAUCAUGAUAAUAUAAAAUACCUAAAGAAAAUACUGGAUGAACUGGAAAAAGUUUUGGAUCAGGUUGAGACUGAAUUGCAGCGGCGAAAUGAGGAAACACCAGAAGAUGAAAAUCAGCCUUGGCUCUGUGGUGAUUUCUUCAGUCUGGCAGAUGUAUCACUUGCUGUCACAUUACAUCGCCUGAAGUUUCUGGGAUUAGCAAGAAGAAAUUGGGGAAACGGAAAGCGGCCCAACUUGGAAGCCUAUUAUGAGCGUGUCCUGAAGAGAAAAACAUUCCACAAUGUUUUAGGACACGUCAACAAUAUAUUAAUCUCAGCCGUUCUGCCGACAGCUUUCCGUGUGGCCAAGAAGAGGGCACCCAGGGUUCUUGGCACCACCCUGCUGGUCAGUGUGCUGGCGGGAGUGGGUUAUCUUGCCUUCAUGUUCCUUCGGAAGAGGUUUGCCAACAUGGUCUUGUCGAUUAGAACCAGGCAAAAGUAUUUUUAG